AUGAGUGAUACACCAUGUGGAAGCAGGACAGUAAUCGAGGCAGAUGAAGUAGCCAAGAAACUCCCCAAAUGGAUAAAAUUAAACGUAGGUGGGAAGAUUUUUGUGACUUCUCUUACAACACUGACAAAAGAGCCAGGAAUGCUGUCCAGGAUGUUCUCUCAGGAUGGUGCUAUGGAUCCUAGUGAUAAGGAUGAACAAGGUGCCUAUCUCAUUGACAGAAGUCCCAAAUAUUUUGAACCGAUUGUGAAUUAUUUGCGGAGUGGGCAGUUGGUUUACGACACCAACAUCAAUCCUCAGGGAAUUCUCGAAGAAGCCCGUUUCUUUGGGGUGGAGAGUGUCAUUCCACAGCUGGAAGAUGCCGUCCGGAGGCUCAAUAUUACAUCUGAUGCUCCAUUGACUCGGAGGGAUGUUGUCAAGGCAAUCAUUCAGACGUGCAAUCUGUCAGAGCUGCGUUUCCAGGGAAUUAAUCUCUCUGGGGCUGAUCUUCGACGGUUGGAUCUGAGAAAAGUCAAUUUCAAGUACGCCUGCUUGUCGCGGUGUAAUCUUUCGCAUGCCAAUCUCACAAAUUGCUGUCUGGAGCGCUGUGAUCUCUCUCAUGCGGACAUGUCGUAUGCUCAGAUGAUCUCCCUCAAAGCCCUCUGUGCCAAUAUGGAGGGUGCCAAUCUGCAGGAGUGCAACUUUGAGGAUCCCACUGGUAGUCGCAGUAAUCUGGAGGGAGUCAAUCUCAAAGGAGCCUGCCUGGAGGGUAGCAAUAUGGCAGGAGUUAAUCUUCGUGUGGCAAAUCUGAAGAAUGCCAACAUGAAAAAUUGCAAUCUUCGUGCUGCAAUCCUCGCUGGUGCUGAUCUGGAGAAGUGCAACUUGUCCGGAAGUGAUCUACAGGAGGCAAAUCUCCGUGGUGCAAACUUCAAAGAUGCUCAACUGGAACUCAUGCUUACUCCACUUCACAUGUCUCAGGCAAUUCGCUAAAUUCCACGAGAGGAAUUUUCAGUAUUUUAAUGGACUCUCACGUAGAUAUAUCGCUUUAUUGUUCCGAUUGUUCCGUAUAGAGAUGAGGAUUAUGUAACAUUAAAGGCUGCUUUAUUUAUCAAAAGAAAAAAAAA